AUGCGUGAAGUUAUUUCAAUACAUAUCGGACAAGCUGGUGUACAGAUUGGUAAUUCAUGUUGGGAAUUGUAUUGUUUAGAACAUGGAAUUCAACCAGAUGGUACAAUGCCUUCUGAGAAAACUUCUGGUGCAACUGAUGACUCAUUUACAACUUUUUUUAGUGAAACUGGACAAGGACGAUAUGUUCCUAGAUCUAUAAUGGUCGAUUUAGAAUCAUCUGUUAUUGAUGAGAUUAGAACUGGAAUGUAUAAGAGACUUUUUCACCCAGAUCAAAUGAUUACCGGAAAAGAAGAUGCUGCUAAUAAUUAUGCUAGAGGACAUUAUACAGUAGGAAAAGAAAUAAUUGAUACUACAGUUAAUAGGAUAAGAAGAAUUGCUGACAAUUGCUCUGGUCUCCAAGGAUUUCUAAUAUUCCAUUCAUUUGGUGGAGGUACUGGAUCUGGAUUUACUUCUCUUCUUAUGGAAAGGCUUUCUGUUGAUUUUGGAAAGAAAGCUAAACUUGAAUUUUCUGUUUACCCUGCUCCACAAGUUUCAACUGCUGUUGUUGAACCAUACAACUCCGUACUUACAACUCAUACCACACUUGAACAUUCUGAUUGUUCUUUCAUGGUUGACAAUGAGGCAAUAUAUGAUAUUUGCCGUAAAAAUCUAGGAAUUCCUCGCCCAUCCUACAUUAAUCUCAAUCGUCUUAUUUCUCAGAUUGUUUCAUCAGUCACUGCCUCAUUACGUUUUGAUGGUGCUCUCAAUGUUGAUUUAAAUGAAUUCCAAACUAAUCUCGUCCCCUAUCCAAGAAUUCAUUUCCCCUUGGCUACAUUUGCACCUAUAUUAUCUGCUGACAAGGCUUAUCAUGAAUCACUUAGUGUUAUGGACAUAACUAAUCAGUCUUUCCAACCUGAAAAUCAAAUGAUUAAAUGUUCAACUCAAGCUGGAAAAUAUAUGGCUAUAUGUCUUCUUUACAGAGGAGAUGUUAUUCCUAAAGAUGUUAAUGCUACCAUUUCUCAACUUAAAACUAAGAAAUCAAUUCAAUUUGUUGACUGGUGUCCUACAGGAUUUAAAGUUGGUAUUAAUUACCAACCACUCACAACUGUUGUAGGCUCCGAGUUAGCUAAGGUUCCUAGAUCAGUUUGUAUGCUUUCUAACACAACAGCUAUUGUUGAAGCAUGGUCUCGUCUUAAUUUCAAAUUUGAUCUUAUGUACAGUAAAAGGGCUUUCGUUCAUUGGUAUGUUGGAGAAGGUAUGGAAGAAGGAGAAUUUUCUGAGGCACGUGAAGAUCUUGCUGCUUUGGAGAAAGAUUAUGAAGAAGUGGGAGCUGAUUCAAAUGAUGGAGGUGAAGAUGAUGAAUAUUAA